AGACGGCAAGAGAUACUCAUCCUACAGCUACAACGAAACGUCCAAAUUGCGUGAAUUUGCCAAUGGAUGUGUCCAAAUUCGAUUAGUAACAGGAGGCGAACGUUCUCGUGUUUCGUGGUUGGAUAGGCGGGGCCAAAGGAAAGUAGGAUAGUUCUGGAGGUUUUUCCACUCCGUUUAGAAGUGGACGAGAGUUACAUAUUUGGAUAUGGACACCUGGCUUAUAGCUUUUCUGUUCAUUGGUGCCCAGUUUUCCUACAGCUUUGGAUAUGAAGGGUCCGGAUACACAUCGUAUGGAGAUGACGAGGACUCAUACGCACGUAGAUAUAAAGGAGCGCCUUGGUGCGCCCCCAUCAAGGUGAAGCACGGUCAGGUGAGCUGCCGGACCCCCCGAGGGGAAGCCCACAAGAACGUGAUGGGCAGCCGCUGCAAAAUCCACUGCAAGAAGGGCUAUGAGCUGCAAGGCCAGACGGAGGUGGUGUGCAUGGCCAGCAAGCGCUGGUCUGCCAACUACGACUGCAGAGAAGUCCGCUGUCCGAAGUUAACCAUGCCGGCCAACGGGGGCUACAAGUGCUCCGAUGGCUCCUACUACAACUCCAGGUGCGAGUAUUUCUGCUCGCCUGGCUACACGCUGAAAGGCGAGCGCACGGUCACGUGCACCAGCGCCAAGGCCUGGACUGGCGGCCAGAGUGCCUGUGUGGAUGUUGAGCCACCUGUGAUCAAAUGCCCCAGUGUGAAGGAGAAGACGGCGGAUCCGGGGAAGCUGACGGUGCGGGUGAACUGGGACACCCCGGAGGGCAGGGACACGGCGGAUGGCAUCCUCACAGACGUCAUCCUGAAAGGAAAGCCACCUGGAACUCACUUACCUGCGGGAGACCACAAGAUGUCCUACACCGUUUAUGACCGCGCUGGGAACAAGGCCUCCUGCCGCUUCUCUGCCAGAGUGCGAGUGCGGCGUUGUAACCCCCUGUCUCCGCCCGACAACGGCUACAUGAAGUGCGACAGUGACGGGGACAACUACGGGGCCAACUGUGAGUUCACCUGCACCGGGGGCCACGAUCUGGCGGGCAGCGCCGUGAGAGUGUGCCAGUACGGCCUGACCUGGUCCGGCACAGAGACCACCUGCUCACCCAUGAACAUCAAUGUGGGCGUGCGCUCUGCUGCCGCCCUGCUGGACCAGUUCUACGAGAAGCGCCGCCUCCUCAUCAUCUCCGCCCCGACAGCCGCCAAUCACUACUACCGCUUCCAGAUGACCAACCUGCAGCAUGCUCAGUGUGGGCUGGACCUGAGGCACGUGACGGUGGUGGAGCUGGUGGGGGUAUACCCAGCGCAGAUCGGCCGUAUACGACACCGCCUCAUCCCCCCUGGCCUGGCCGUGCAGCUCCGGCUGCUGCUCCGGAUCUCCAACAACAACUACAACAUGGUGAUUCUGGACAAGCAGGGCGUGGACAAGAUGCGCUACACCUACCCCAUCACCUCCGCCGAGAUCUUCACCACCAUCGACACCUUCCCCGCGCGCAAGGACGAGAUGGUGCUGCAGCAGCAGGCCGGCCACACCUGCCAGCCCUGAAGGGCCAAUCACAGCGCCCUCCCGCUCAGCUCAGCCUAUCACAGUGCCCUCCCCCUCACCUCAGCCUAUCACAGCGCCCUCCCGCUCAGCUAAACCUAUCACAGCGCCCUCCCGCUCAGCUCAGCCUAUCACAGCGCCCCACCGCUCUGCUCAGCCUAUCACAGCGCCCCACCGCUCUGCUCAGCCUAUCACAGCGCCCUACCGCUCUGCUCAGCCUAUCACAGCGCCCCACCGCUCUGCUCAGCCUAUCACAGCACCCUCCCACUCACCUCAGCAUCACCCCAUUGCCAGAGAGAGAGCGAGGGGUGGAGCAAUGGGAGGGAGGUGUGUACUCAGCCACCACUACAAUAAGACAGGACGGUAUUGGGAGCAGCGGUGGAGGAACAGGCAUAGGGGGCGCCACUGCUGUGGCCGUCCUGUUUUCGGGCUCCCUCUGUCCUCAGACAUUGCUGUGUGUUCCAUAUCUUACCCCCUCUGUCCCUCUGAGCAGCUGCAUCCCCAGCAGUGCACAGGGAGCACCACGUUAGCUUGUAUGCAUGACACCUAAUUAUUCUUGGCUUGUUCAUUGGUUUUGUACAUUUUGUAAUGCUAUCUGGCAGACUCACAGAAAUCAUAAUCAAUUUUAUUUUUUAUUAUUGAUUCCGUUAUUAUUUUAUCUCGAUUCCUUAUGAUGUAUAUCUAUUACAUAUGGAUGGAUGGUUGAUAUUUUCAGUUGUAACACCAGUGUAA